AUGAGCACCAUGAAUAAGAAACUAGCUGGUGAAAAUUUAAUUGAAUUUAUCAAUUUUUACAGAGAGCAGGAAUGCUUAUGGAAUAUAUAUUCAAAGAAUUACAAAAACAUAUUUUUAAAAAAUAAAGCAUAUAAUUUAAUGGCAAAAAAAUUUAAAAUUGGUCCUCAAGAAGUUAAAACAAAAAUAAAUAAUCUGCGGUCAAACUUCAAUAGGGAGUUCAAAAAGUGUGAAGAUUCUAAAAGAAGUGGAGCUGGCGUAGAAGACAUUUAUGUUCCACAGAUUUAUUGGUAUGAUGAAAUGCUUUUCUUAAAAGAUUGCAUAACGCCAAGAGCUAGUGUAUCAAAUUUUUAAUUUCCAACUCUAAAUUCAAGACAAUAUGUGCCAUUGAAAGUCAACAGCUCC